CUCCUCUCAUUUUUUUUUUUUCCAAAAUAAUUUCUUCUCCAAAAAGAAACAGCCAGCAGCCCCAUCCCCUCCUCCAUGAAAUAAAAAAUCCACACUCCUAUUUAAACACAGACACACCAUUUCUUCUUCAUCAUACCUUCAAUAAAAACUGAACAUCAGAUGCAUCUCUACAAUGCGUGGCUGCCACCGCCAGUGGUGGAGGAGACGAAGAAAGAGAAAGACUCCUUCCGCACCGUGCUCAACUCCGUCAAGAACUCUUACAAACCCGAUGAUCCUGAUUCCGUUUACUCCACUCUCAAAUGGAUUUCCGUCCUCGAACUUUUUAUUAAGGCGAAGAGCGAAUUGAAUUUGGAAGAUGUAGCUGAACUCGUUCAAUUUGGAAUUGAGUUGUUCAAUAUUUCGCAGAAUAAGCUUUACGCUCAGGUGAGAUGGGGAAAUUUGUUAGUGAGAGUGCUAAAUAAGUAUAGAAAGAGGUUGGCUUUCAAAGUGCAAUGGAGGCCUUUGUAUGAUACUCUUAUUCAUACUCAUUUUACAAGGAACACUGGUCCGGAAGGGUGGAGAUUGAGACAAAGGCAUUUUCAGACUAUUUCUUCACUUGUUCGGUCCUGCCGGAGGUUCUUUCCUGCUGGUUCGGCUUUGGAGAUUUGGAAUGAGUUCUGUUCUCUCUUGGAAAAUCCAUGGCAUAAUUCAUCCUUUGAAGGAUCUGGGUUUUUGAGACUGUUUUUGCCGACAAACUUGGAGAACCAGGACUUCUAUACAGAAACUUGGGUUAAAAAGAGCUUGAACAUGUGGGACUCGAUACCAAAUUCCCAAUUCUGGAACAGCCAGUGGGCAGCUAUCAUAGCACGUGUUAUAAAAAACUAUGACUUUAUUGACUGGGAAUGCUUCUUACCAAUGCUUUUCAGUAGAUUCUUGAACAUGUUUGAGGUUCCUUUGGCAAAUGGAAGUGCUUCAUAUCCAUUUUCCGUUGACGUUCCAAGAUACACAAGAUUCUUAUUCUCCCAUAAAACUUCCACCCCAGCAAAGGCCAUUGCAAAGUCAAUUGUCUAUCUGCUUAAACCUGGUGGUGCAGCUCAAGAGCUCUUCGGGAAAUUGGGAAACCUCUUAGAACAAUAUUACCAUCCAUCUAAUGGUGGUCGCUGGACUUAUUCACUGGAGCGCUUUUUGCUUCAUUUGGUAAUUAUGUUCCAGAAGCGCUUACAGCAUGAGCAAUGGAGCACAGAUAACAAUAGACAGGCUGAAAUGUUUCUUGGAAGAUCGGAAAGGACUUAUUUUGUCAAUGUUUUACUGAAGUUAAUUGAUCGCGGGCAAUACAGCAAAGAUGAACAUCUUUCUGAGACAGUUGCUGCAGCAACUUCCAUUUUGUCAUAUGUGGAGCCCACUUUGGUUCUUCCAUUUUUAGCAUCUCGAUUCCAUUUGGCCUUGGAGACGAUGACUGCCACCCACCAGUUGAAAACUGCAGUGAUGUCAGUAGCAUUUGCAGGACGUUCUCUGUGUCUCACAUCCCUCUCAACUCGAGGGAAACAGGAAGAUUGUGGUGGGGGUGAUGAUGCAUAUGUCGAUCUCUUGACAAUUUCACUAUCCAAUGCUUUACUUGGUAUGGAUGCUAAUGACCCCCCCAAAACAUUGGCAACCAUGCAGUUAAUUGGCUCCAUAUUUUCCAAUAUUGCUACUUUGGAUGAUAGUACCGAUCAGCUAUCAUUCAUGCCAAUGAUCCGGUUUUCUGAAUGGUUGGAUGAAUUCUUGUGUCGCUUAUUUUCAUUGCUUCAACAUCUAGAACCCAGCAGCGUUCUGCAUGAAGGCCUACAUUCAUCGGCAACAUCAGGAACUUUUCUUGUCGAUGAUGGUCCUUUCUACUAUUGUAUGCUCGAAAUCUUGCUCGGAAGACUAUCUAAAUCGCUAUACAAUCAGGCUUUGAGAAAAAUUGCAAAGUUUGUGAGGACAAGUAUUCUUCCUGGAGCAGUUGCAGAGGUUGGAUUGCUUUGUUGUGCUUGUGUUCAUUCAAACCCAGAAGCGGCUGUUGCUUCUCUUGUUGAUCCAAUCUUGUCAUCUGUUAUAUCCUCUUUGAAAGGAACGCCUGCAACGGGCUUUGGAGGGAGAGGGAUUCCAGAUGCCACAGUUUCAAUUAAGGCCAAACCAACACUCUCUCCAGCUCUUGAAACAGCAAUCGAUUAUCAAUUAAAAAUAUUAUCAGUUGCCAUAAACUAUGGAGGUCCUGCUCUUCUUCGGUGCAAGGAUCAAUUCAAAGAAGCUAUCGUGUCAGCUUUUGAAUCUCCCUCUUGGAAGGUUAAUGGAGCCGGUGAUCAUCUCCUUCGAUCCCUCCUUGGAAGCCUGAUUGUUUAUUAUCCUAUGGAUCAAUACAAGUCCAUUUCAAGGCACCCAGCAGCUCUGGCAUUAGAAGAAUGGAUCAGCGCAAAAGAUUACAACAGUGAUGGACCAUCGAUGGGGCCCAAGUGGCAUGUUCCAAAUGAUGAUGAAGUUCAGUUUGCAAAUGAACUUUUAAACCUUCAUUUUCAAUCAGCUUUAGAUGACCUUUUGAAAAUAUGCCAAAAUAAAAUACAUUCCGAUACAGGAAAUGAGAAAGAGCACUUGAAAGUGACUCUUUUGCGUAUUGAUUCUUCACUGCAAGGUGUUUUAUCUUGCUUACCUGAUUUCAGCCCAUCCUCCAGGAAUGGGAUUGUGGAAGAUGCGAGUCAUAUUUCUUUCUUGAUAGCUGGAGCAACUGGUUCAAGUGUUGGCAGUACUGGACUGCGUGAAAAAGCUGUUGAGAUUAUACAUGCAGCUUGCAAAUAUAUGUUAGAGGAAAAAUCAGAUGACAGCAUCCUCUUGAUACUCACUGUUCGUAUCAUGGAUGCUUUGGGAAACUUUGGAAGUUUGGAGUAUGAGGAGUGGUCGAAUCACAGGCAGGCUUGGAAGUUGGAAUCUGCUGCCAUUUUAGAACCUCCAAUGAAUUUUAUCGUGUCUUCUCAUUCUCAAGGAAAGAAAAGGCCUAGGUGGGCUCUUAUUGACAAGGCAUACAUGCAUAGUACUUGGAGGUCAUCACAAUCAUCCUAUCAUCUGUUUCGUAUGAGUGGGAACUUCUCUCCACCAGACCAUGCAAUUCUUUUGAUGGAUGAUCUGCUAAAACUUUCUUUGCAUAGUUACGAAACUGUUCGCUCGCUUGCUGGAAAAUCUCUGCUGAAGAUGAUUAAGAGAUGGCCAUCAAUGAUUUCAAAAUGUGUGCUCUCUCUUACUGAACACUUGCGGAAUCCCAGCUCACCAGAAUAUGCAGUGCUGGGUUCUUGUACUGUCCUUUCUACACAAACAGUUCUCAAGCAUUUGACAACAGAUCCAAAAGCAUUAUCUUCUUUUCUUCUUGGGAUUCUUUCAAGCUCGCAUCAUGAAUCACUGAAAGCCCAGAAAGCUAUUAAUGAGCUUUUUGUUAUGUACAACAUCUACUUUCCGGGAGUGUCUAGAAGCAUUUUCAGGACAUCAGAUAAUCACAUAGAUGGACCAAAUUUUGCAGAUUUGGUUUCUCAGAUUGGAUCAAUGAGUUUUGAUUCUUCUGGUUUGCAUUGGCGGUACAACCUAAUGGCUAACAGAGUACCUUUCCUGUUACUUUGUGAUUGACUCCUUGCCCUUUUCAUCAGCAUUCUUUCCACAUUUUAAUGGGAUUUUCACUCACAAUUUCUUUGACAUUGUCUUACUGAUGCCUUUUCAGGCCACUUUCUUAAAAAUUUAAAAAGUCAACUUCCUCAAACAAGGAUACUUGCAAUCUCAGCUCUAAAUACACUAUUAAAAGAGUCACCAUACAAGCUCUCUGCUGAGAAUCAAUCUGCAGUACUAGAGGAUUUACAGACAAAUGCCAAAUCAUCUCUCGAAGGGGCAUUAAGUGAAAUUUUUCAGGAAGAAGGGUUCUUUAACGAGACUUUGAAUAGCCUGUCUCAUGUUCAUGUAAUCACUGAUAUUGAUAGCACUUCUUCCAGAGGAAGUCACGGGAAUUCUUUUAUCCAAAACCUUGCAGACAAAUCAAUUACCCGUUUUUAUUUUGAUUUUUCAUCUUCAUGGCCACGCACUCCUAGUUGGAUUUCUCUAUUUGGAAGUGAUACUUUCUACUCCAACUUUGCACGAAUCUUUAAGCGCCUAAUACAAGAAUGUGGCAUGCCUGUCUUACAAGCACUUAAAGGAACACUGGAGGAGUUUGCAAAUGCUAAGGAAAGGUCUAAGCAGUGUGUUGCUGCUGAAGCAUUUGCUGGGGUGUUGCACUCUGAUAUCAAUGGUCUUUUAGGAGCAUGGGACAACUGGAUAAUAGUUCAGUUGCAGACUGUGAUUCUUUCCCAGUCAGUGGAAUCUAUUCCAGAGUGGGCAGCAUGUAUACGCUAUUCAGUUACAGGAAAAGGAAAAUACGGUACAAGAGUCCCUGUUCUGAGGAAACAGAUUUUGGAUUGUUUGAUGACACCUUUACCUCCUGCUGUAAAUACCACUGUUGUUGCAAAGCGCUACACUUUUCUUUCAGCUGCUCUCAUAGAGAUAUCCCCACAAAAGAUGCCAGUGGCUGAGAUAAAACUCCAUAACAGACUUAUGAAUGAGCUGUUGGAUAACAUGUGGCACUCAUCAGCGCAAGUAAGGGAAGCUAUAGGUGUUACCCUGGCUGUGCUGUGCUCUAACAUUCGUCUUCACUUGUCAUCUGCUCAUGAUUAUUCUUGUGAAGAGGCAAGCGAGAUUGACAACCAAUUGAAAGAGGAAAAGUGGGUCCUAAUUCUGACUCACCGAGCUACUGAUGUGGUCACAAAUAUUCAGAAUACUAGUCCAGCAGACAACUUGGAGACUGCUGGGCAUACGGCUUUUCAAAAUGGGUCUUUGAAUGGGGAUGCACAAGAUGAUGUUAAGUGGAUGGAAACGCUAUUUCAUUUUAUCAUCUCAACGUUGAAGUCUGGCAGAUCUUCUUAUUUACUGGAUGUUAUUGUGCAAUUUCUCUAUCCUGUACUUUCUUUGCAGGAAACAUCAAAUAAAGAUUUGUCAACACUGGCCAAGGCAUGUUUUGAAUUGCUGAAAUGGAGAAUUUUCUGGGCACCUCAUCUCCAGAGGGCUGUUUCAGUGAUUCUUUGUUCUGCCAAUGAUCCGAACUGGCGGACCCGAUCAGCUACUUUGACAUAUCUGCGUACUUUUAUGUAUAGGCAUACUUUCAUCCUCUCAAAUGUGGAAAAACAACAAAUUUGGAAAACUGUUGAAAGUCUCCUGAGAGAUAAUCAAGUAGAGGUAAGGGAGCAUGCUGCAACAGUUCUAGCAGGUCUAGUGAAGGGUGGGAAUGAAGAUCUUGCUAGAGACUUCCGUGAAAGAGCUUACUUGGAGGCGAAUACCAUCCAUAGGAAGAGAAAGCAAAGGAAUCUGAAAACUGGCCAAUCUAUAGCAUCUGUUCAUGGUGCUGUACUUGCUUUGGUGGCUUCUGUGUUGUCAGUUCCAUAUGAUAUGCCCAGUUGGUUGCCUGAUCAUGUUACUCUACUGGCUUGUUUUGGAGGAGAGCCUUCACCUGUGAAAUCUACGGUUACAAAAGCAAUCGCUGAGUUCCGACGAACUCAUGCGGACACAUGGAAUGUCCAGAAAGAUUCAUUUACUGAAGAACAACUCGAGGUUCUAGCAGAUACAUCGUCCUCAUCAUCAUAUUUUGCUUGAUAUACAUAGCAUUUUUAGCAAGAGAAGAUACUGUAGGAACUUAUUAAUGAUUGAAAGGGUUUCAACACCAAUGAUUUGGUAGAACAAGAAGAAGUUAUGCGAUUCUAGGGUAUAAUUUGUAUAGAAGUUUAUUUACAUUUUUCAUUAUUUGUGAUAAGAUAUCUGUUAUUGUCAAUAAAUGAAGGGUGUCAUUGCCUAUUUUGUGA